CGUGGACACUUUGGAGAUGGCGGGAUCGACAGGGGCUAAAGUGAGCUUAGCCUGGCGUUUACACCACACCAGUUCGCUACAGGAGACUGCUAACACAGGUCGAGAGAUGCUUCCAUGAAACUGAUGACGCUUGGAGGCCGCGAUUACCCUCCUCCUUCUGCUUCUCAACGAAGCAGAUACGAGCAAUCAUUCCUUCCCGCUGCAAAAUGCAUUAUCAAUGGCGCAUCCGAUGGAAUGCAUGAGCCACUUGGCGUUGACAUUGAGAUUAGACGUAGCUGGGAAGAUCUUCAUCCUUAGCCUUAUCGUCAACGUCCUGUGGGAUCGACAUGAAAUGGGGCCAUGUGAGAGCGCUUGCAAUGAAUUUGUAUGGCUGCUUUCAUCUAAGCUUUUCGCAUCACGGCCCACUGCAUCGAGAAGUGCAUUUCUGGUGGCUAUAAAUGUCCAGCACCUCUCUACGCACAGAGUCACUUGGAAUCAACGGGAUCCCGGAGUACAAAGGACAUUUCUAUUCGUCGUUUCUCUCGACGGUCGCCGCUGGAUGCUCCAAUUUGGCCUUCUUUUAGGCCUCGGUUGACCGAUUCGCCACUUUAGGCUCCAUCGCCGAACGCACUUCCUUCGGCUCUCGACUCCAUCCGCGAGUACAGCUGGAUGGAUGGCUGCUCCUCUUUCGAACCACUGCGGUUCAUCUGCCUUUCUGGGCAGAUGGAACGAGCUCAACAUAUCCAUGGAAUCGGUGUACCGACAGUAAUUUCUAUUCCAUAACCAGCUCAGGUCACACACACCAACCGCAUCCGAGGCCGCUGUCAAAUUCACCGACAGUAAGAUUAUAACUCUGGAACUGGUGAAAUCGGUGAUUAAGAAAGUUAAGGCGAAGGUGUAGCCUUGGCCUCACACUGAAAUCAGUGAGGGUGAGUUCCGGAGCUGCUGAGCAGGAGACGUCCGAGAUUCGCUCGCCGAUUCACCACAAACUCAUCGCCCUACUGUGCCGAGGACGACUAGGCUUUGACUGAGAUGAAGGGCCACGGCCUCAUGUCACAGAGCUUCUCGGCGAAGUCAAUGAACGAGAUCGUACUCAAGGCCAACCCGGACGAGAGACCCCGUCAA